AUGGCGGGCGGCGACGCGGACGGCAAGGGGCCGGCGGCGCGGAGGGGCGGCGCGGCGCGGCGGCCGGCGGGCUCGGGCUCCGGCUCCGGCUCCGGCUCCUCCGCCUCCGCCGCCGGCCGCCCCGAGCCGCUGUCCACUGCUGAAGCGGCGGCCGAGGCGGCCGAGCUGCCCGCCUGGAUGCGCCUCUACUUCUACGGGAUGCACGGCAUCGCCCUGGACGUGCUGGUGUCCGCGGCGCGGCGCUUCGCCGCCAGCCCCGACCUGCGGAUGCUCGGCUUCUCGUCGCCCUACCGCUGCCUGCUGCACCUGCUCACCCACUACGCGCUGGAGCGGCUCUACCUGCAGCGGCGCCGCUGCCCCAGCGCCUGGGUCUUCCAUUUCCUGCUCUUCCCGCUGGCGCACGUGGGGCUGCAGAGCCUGGCGGGCCGCGCGCUGCCGCUCAGCCUGGGCGGCGGGCCGGGGGCGCCGGGGGGAUCGGGGGCACCCGGGGCCCAGGACCUGGCGCUGCACUACCUGCUGGCGCUCUACCACUCACAGGUGUUCCUGCGGCGCUUCCUGCGCCUGCGGUGCCGCCGGCAGCUGCAGCCGCGCCCGGGAGCUGCCCCGGCCCCGGCCCCGGCCCCUGUCCCCGUCCCAGUCCCUCCCGGCGCCCGAGCCCCCGCAGCGGCUGCAGGUGGCCGGCGGCGCCGACCCCGCGGUCCCCGGGGCCCCGAAGGAGCCCCCAGCAAGGGGCUGCCGGACCUGCUGCGCUUCCUCUUCUACGGGAUGCACGGCUUCUUGGAUGAGAUCUUCUUCACCUUCUUCUUCGACGUGCUGGGCCAGGGCGACCGGGCGAGCAGCGGCCACACGUCGCUCUGGUCCUUCCUCAUGUAUGGCAGCUGCAGCUUCGUGGUGGAGAAGCUGUACUUCUACCUGCACUACAGCCGCGGCUGGCGCACCUGGCAGCGCGUGCCCGUCUACGUGCUCUUCAUCUACCUGUGGGAGCUGUGCUGGGGCCUGGGCCUGCGCGCCUGCGGCGCCUGCUCCUGGGACUACUCGCACUACCCGCUCAACUUCAUGGGCCUCAUCACCCUCAUGUACCUGCCCGGCUGGGUCUUCCUGUGCGUGUACCAGGACCUGCUCUCCAACGCGCUGUGGCGAGUGCAGUACCUGCCAGCCGACUGA